AUGUUCCGCUCCGCCAUUGUCCGCUCCCUCAGGGCCUCCGCCCCUCGUGUCGUCAAGACCCCGGCUCCCUUCCACAUCCGCAGCUCCCCCAUUGCUGCCAUUCCCCAGUUCACUCCCUUCCAGGGUGCUCGUCUCUACUCUGCCCCUGCCGGUCUCUCCAAGAACGAGGCUGAGGGUCGCAUUGUCAACCUCCUCAAGAACUUCGACAAGGUCUCCGAUGCCAGCAAGAUCAACGGCGCUUCACACUUCUCCAACGACCUCGGUCUUGACAGCUUGGACACCGUUGAGGUCGUGAUGGCCAUUGAGGAGGAGUUCAGCAUUGAGAUCCCCGACAAGGAGGCCGACCAGAUCCACAGUGUCGAGAAGGCCGUCGAGUACAUCCUCGCCCAGCCCGAUGCUCACUAA